AUGGGAAAAAGCAAAGGAAAUAAAAAUAAGGACAAGGAUGCCUAUGCCGGACCUAUCAAAUCAGGCAGAAGAGAAUCUGAUUCUGAUGAUAGCGAAGGUUCUGCAUUCACGUAUAAUGAGGACAUGCAGUCUAUAAUGGGUGAUGUCGAAGACAUGGAUGAUGUUUAUGAUCAACUCGUCGACAACUUGGAACGAGCACAAAAUAAAAAUGCAACAACUAGACUAGACGGUCUUCAUAGAGUCAAUCUAGCUCUGAGAGCAAAAAAUGUUCCCGAGUUCAUCGGCCGGAAUAAAGAAACCAUGAUGUCCGUAGCCGCUAGAAUGGGCAAUAAAACAGAUUCAGAAGCACACCUGCUCGCAACUCUCGUUGGUCUGGUUGCUGUUCAAGCUGGAGAGGAAAUUUCUGAUCUUAUCGCCGAGCCAAUGUCACAGAUGCGUACUAUUCUUAUGGAUGCAUCGAGAUGCGUUUCUCUUCGGACCACCUGCGCAAACUCUCUAGCAAUCGUUACCAGGAUCUGCUGCAGUGAAGAUGAUCAAGUUUCCGCCAAUGCAAAGGCCUGCAGAUUUGCAUGGGCCAACACAAAAGUUUCUGGAUCUGCUAACGAUGACGGACAUGCCAAACUGGUUGCUACUUCGCUUGCCGCUUGGUGCAUCAUCACUCUUGACGCCGACUUCCAGACAAUCAAUGAGGCAGUCGCUGAUCAACCGAAAAUCGUCACUAUUUUGUCGUCAAAUCAGCUCGAAGCAAGACUGGCCGCAGCAGAAACGCUCGCAUUUUUACAUGAGUUCAUGCAAGACACUCGACCCGGAUUCAGAUUCCCGAAUAAAGAACAUGUAUUAGACCUUCUCGACGGCAUGAUGAAUGACUGUUCUAAAAAGAAGACAAAGAAAGACAAGAGAGCUCAAAGAUACGCCGUUCGAGACAUUCGAGCCUUCAUUGCUGACGAAGACGAUGCUCCAGAAGUCAGCGUAAAAAUUGGAUCACAGACACUUUCUUUGGAUUCGUGUGGCAUUAAGAUGUUCUACGAUAUGACUUGCGACUUGCUUCAUGGCGGACUUGCUCAACAGUUGCUCACCAACGAAGUUCUUCGAGACGUAUUUGAUCUAGGCCCGGUUCCUCUGGAGUCUGAGGGAACAGUUAAUAAGCAGACCAGGCUAGCAGUUCAUGAUGCCGCCGACAAACAUCGUAACCAAGUUCGUGGAAAACAACGCGACAAGCGGUCCGCCGUUUACUGA